AUGGCGAAGCAGAAGUCAAGUGUCAUGACCUCGGCUGUGCCUCCUUUCCUUCCUUCCUCCCUCUCCAUUCUCACCAAGGCUCGAGACUUCAAACCAGAGGGCCAUACUCAUGAUAGUGGAAAAAUCACUCCAGGCUACGCAUUGUUUAUCGGUGUAGCUGGUGUUCUCAUCCUCCUCUUGUCCACGGUCCUUCUCACCGUUGAUAAACGCGUGGAUGAAAUUGUCUACCGUGAGAAGAUUACCCAAUGA